AAUUUCAUUUAGUAGUUUCUUUGAUUACAUGAUGUUAAAUAAAAGAUGUCAAUUAUGUUCAUAUAGAAAUUUUGUCUUAAAAUUUUAGGUGAUGCAAAUCUUUUGGCCAUGGCUGUAUGUACUCCACUAAUACUGACAGCCCCUGAAUCCAGAAUUAAUUUAGUUGAAAAUACAUAAUAGACUUAAAGAUAUGACUAAAUGCCAGUUUACCCAGGUCUGUGUUUCUUGUCUGUGUUUUAUGAUACAACACUGGAACUGUUAUGUUUUAUUGAGUCCUUGAAAAGUUUGUCAGAUUCCAGCUGAGGAUUCAUUGGUAAAGUUCAACCUAGUCCAGUUUUCACUUUGAUGAAUUCACUUAAAAUCUAAACAAAGGGGGCAACAGCAGCCUGUGAGAAAAAAGGGUUAGUGUUUCUUUAAAAGCUGUACAAGUUGUUUUAAUUCCUGGCCAGUUUCCUGAGGGGGUGUUUUUUUUUGGAAAGGUGGAGUCUGGCUUCUCUGCACUUGGUCCCAGCAUCUCAAUCUGAUUGCAUUUAUGUUCCUGUGUGUCACAAACUAAAGUUGCCUGCUUUAAGCUAACUUCUUCCCCGAACUGCAAAACCCAGAGAGCAUGAAUCAGAAAUGGGCAGCUGUGUAAGUCUAUACCUCUGACUACAUAUAAUUAUAACUUUGUACUGAUUUGGGUUUGCCAUUGGAACUUUUUGCAUCUUUUAAAUGUUUAGUUAACUUUCCCAGUUGUAUCGAAUUAACUUUGUUUCUGAAACAGUGUUGAUACCUUAUUUUAAAUAUUUCUGGUUUUAUGUUGAUAACAUUAAGUUUUUAAUUUAAUUAGAAUUUAUAAUUAUAUUUUAAUUAACAAUUUGAUAUCUGUUUUUAUUACUCCAUAUUAGAGCUUUUGUUUGGAUCAAUCAAAAGUCUCUAUUUUAAAACAUUUGAAUUUUUUUUGUUAUUUUUUUAUACCUCAUCUAUGAUUUUUAAUUAUAGUUGUUAGUCUCAAAACGAUUUGGCUUGCUUUUGUAUUUCCAUUUUUUGUGUGUGUGGAAGUUUUUAAACAAUUAGACAAUGCAGUACCAGGAUAUGGCCACACUACAUUACUAGACGGAUAAAGAAAAACUACAAUUGAUAGCAAUAGUUAUUUAGGUCUUAUAAAUUGAUCAGCCAUGGCUAAAGCUGCUCAGCUGCCCAUAUUGCUUCUGUGCUUCCUGCAUACUGUUUGCUGUUUGGAUUCUGUUCCUCCUACAAUUCAAUACAAAGUUUUGGAGGAAGUGCCCACUGGGACAUUGAUUGGAAAGAUUGCUGAUGAUCUGAGCCUGGAAGGGGAGAAUGAAGCACUGGAGGAUUUUCAAAUUGUUGAGCCAGUUCGGGCUUUGCCAUUCCGGGUUGGACUACAAGAUGGGACUCUUUCCACUGCAGAUCGCCUGGAUAGAGAUGCCCUUUGCUGGGAUACCAGCCCUUGUUUGAUUCCUUUUAAUAUACUGUAUAGGAAAGGAGGGACCAUUGAGCUUUUGCAGUUACAGGUGGAAGUCUUGGAUAUAAAUGAUCACAGUCCGACUUUUCCAAACUUGGAGCAGGAAAUUGAGAUUUCAGAGAGUGCCUCACUGCACACCACAAUACCAUUGGAUAGGGCGCUGGAUCCGGAUGCUGGUACCAAUGCUCUGCAUACUUAUUCCUUAUCCCCUAACCAGCAUUUUGAAUUAGAUGUCAUCACCCGAUCGGAAGGAACCAAACAUGGGCAGCUUGUGGUCAUCAAAGCACUGGACAGGGAGGUUCAGUCUUCCUGUGAAAUGUUUCUGACAGCCUGUGAUAAAGGAAAUCCACCAAAAUGUGGGACCAUGCUGGUAAGGGUUAAUGUUUUGGAUUCCAAUGAUAACAGUCCAGUUUUUGAGCGCAGCUUGUUUUCCGUUGAGCUAAAGGAAGACACGAUGCCAGGGACCACCAUCAUCAAUCUUCAGGCCACCGAUCCUGAUCAAGGGGCCAAUGGAGAAAUUGAGUAUUCCUUUAGCAAGCAUGUCCCUUUAGAAGUACUGAGCAUCUUCAAUAUUAACCCCCAAACAGGAACAGUGACUCUAACAGGAGUUUUGGACUAUGAGGAAAGACAUACUUAUGAGCUUGACAUCCAAGCCAGGGAUUUGGGGCCCAAUCCCAUCCCUGCCCAUUGCAAACUCCAUAUCAAAGUCCUGGAUGUUAAUGAUAAUGCACCCAAGAUACAUGUCAUGUGGGCUCCACCAGAGUCUGAUGUUGCCAUGGUUUCUGAGGGUGCUGCUACUGAAACCUUCCUUGCCCUAGUGAUGGUAUCUGAUGCUGACUCUGGGUUCAAUGGGAACAUCCAGUGCCAAGUCCAUCAUGGGCUGGGUCAUUUCCGGCUGAAGAGGACCCACGGAGACAACUAUAUGGUAGUGACCAAUGCCACCUUGGACAGGGAGAGGCAGGAGAAGUACAACCUCACUCUGGUGGCCAAGGACCAAGGCAUCCCAUCCUUCUCUUUGACAAAGCACCUCACCGUACAUGUAAUGGAUGAAAAUGACAAUGCACCUGUCUUCUCAAAGAGUCUUUAUGAGGUUUCUUUCCAGGAGAACAAUCCCCAUGGCCUCUACAUUCUUACGGUCAAAUCUCACGAUGUUGACCUGGGCCUCAGUGGGAAUGUCACUUACUCAAUCAAGGAUUCCACAAAACCAGGAAAACCAGCUGCCUCUUUUAUCAUCCAUCCCACAGAUGGUAUGAUCUACGCUCAGCAGUCGUUAGAUUUUGAACAGACAAAAGGUCUUACACUAAUAGUGGAGGCAACAGACAAUGGGCAACCACCACUGUCUAGCAGCGCUUCUGUCUUAAUAAAUAUCCAAGAUGUCAAUGAUAACCAUCCUUUGAUUGUGGACCCAGUGCUGAAGAACCACAGGGCAGCACUUAGCAUCCCUGUUAACACAGAGAAGAGAGAGAUAGUCAGUGAGGUGGAAGAUGCUGCUAGUGAACACAGAGACACGCUAACUAAUUACCACCUCGAGCUUUUUCCAAAGAGUAACGACUCUGCAGCAAAACUGAAACCAGAUGGAUACCUAGUAACGACUGUCAAAGCCAGGGAUGCUGAUGCAGGCCUAAAUGGAGAGCUCCGCUAUGAGAUAGCAAGUAGGGAUAGUUUGUUUGAAAUAGAUGAAGUGACUGGACAGAUUUAUGUGAAUACCAGCAAUGUUACAGAGCUGAUUGGAAAAGUGUUUGUAGUAGAGGUCACUGUUCGGGACUUGGGUUCUCCACCACUCUCCACUCGAGCUUCUUUGGAAUUGACUUUUCUCAGUCUCUUUGACCAUCUCAAAAACUCUACUCCUGGCCAGCAUGGACUACUGAGCUUUCCCCUGACUAUAGCCCUCUGCCUUGGGGCCUUCUGUCUUCUGGUUGCCUUGGCAGCAACCUUGGUGACCACUUUCUGUCGGAAUGAGAAACGUGAAAACCGGGCUUACAACUGCAGGCAGGCUGAGUCCACUUACACCAGGCACCCUAGGCGUCCACAGAAACAGAUCCAAAAGGCAGACAUACACUUAGUUCCUGUGUUGAGAGGGAGGCAGGAAGAGCCAGCUGGGGGAGAACCUGGCAGACCCCCUUCAGCUGGGUCAACAACGACUUUGGAUGCGCUGGAAGCCUUUCCUCCUUGUCAGUUCAACCUGUCUCCAUCCCUCAGCAGGACUCUCAGGAACCAAACUUUCCCAGAAAACAACAGCACUCUCCCCCUAUCCCCUCCGAGAACUCUCCGCAAACCACACAACAUUGAGGAGAGUGGGACUCUUCCUCGUACCCCUGCUUCCCCCUAUAGGACUCUCAAAAAGCCCAAGAAUAUGGAGUUCCACCAAAUAGAGGGCCCCACAGCUCAGCUACAGGCACCUCUGCCCUAUACAGGGACACUGAAGCUGCCAGGAAAGGCUGCCGUCCAGCACAGUGCACAGGAAGAACCACACUCAGCCCCUGCCUCUCCCCCAUUUCGGACACUCAGGAGGCAGAGGAUCACAGACUCCAAGUCGAGGCCAGAGAAAGAUGACCACCAGCAGAUCUUGAGGAAUCUGGUCCGGAUCUCCAUGGCAGCCUUAGCAGAGUACAACCCCAUUGAACUCACUGCAGCGUCCCCAGAGGUACAGCAAGUCUCCCAGUUGCUCUCCUUACUACACCGGGGCCAGUUCCAGCCAAAACCCAACUUCCGGGGGAAUAAGUACUCAGCCAGAGCCGGCAGGUCUGGUGUACAGGAUGCUGACUGGCAGAGUACCAAGGAUAGUGGUCAUGGUGAGAGUGAGGCUGGAGAUAUGGACUGGGAAACUGGACGGGACUCUCCCAUUGACCCCCUGCUGGUGGAAGAGCUAGAUAACCUGCUGACUCAGACAGAUGAUGUGUUUAUGGACCUCCCUGAUCCAGCCUGGAUGGCUCGCUUGUCUUUGCCGCUUACCACAGACUAUAGGGAAAACGUCUUUGUCCCUGAAGGACUCCCUUCCCCAGAGACCCCUGCUCUUCCCCCAGCUGCUGAUGGAGCUGCCUCCUUCUCCACCUUCGGGAAGGCCCCUGGCGAGAGUUCACAGAUCUCUGGGCACCUCCUCUCCGAGGUCAGCACCCUCUUUGAGAUGCUGCUCACUCAGAAGGCGGACUCUCACCCCAGGACUUCUGCUGAAGUGCUGUACAGACUCUCCGCUGCCUACCGCCGCUCCCUGGGUUUGGAAGGGGCAGCAACAGGGGGUGGCAACUUUCCUAGAGACUCCCCCAAAACACAAGAUAAAGCUGACCCUUCAAGAGAUAUGGAGAUCCAUCAAUUAGUCUGAUUGUGAGAGUAUGCUGGUACAAUUCCAAACUACACAAGUUAAACUUGCGCAUUCUACACAUAAAGAUGUCACCAUUAGGUGGGAUGUCCAGGGCCUGCUUUGUGGAUGUUUUAAGAUCUGAAUAGGCUUUUUAAUAGAAGCAGAGCAGGGGGGUUGACAGCAGUGUCAACUUAAAGCUGCACUUCCUCAGUACACUGUGGGGAAACUCUUUGGAAAUGACAGUGUACAGCAACCGCCAACCAAAUUCCAGACAACGGAAUGAGAUCAAACUGCUGUGGUUUAACAGCAAAUACCAAUCAUGUUGUUUGGAAAAGACAUUGUACUAAAACAGUUUAACUUGCCUUUAAAGUUAUAUUUCAGGUAUUUGAAAAAAAAAUUUCCGUAACAUAUUAAGAAAACUUUACUUUGCUUAUGCAAAAAUGAUAAACAUUUUGUUAGUAACUGGCUGACUGGUGCUGUGUUGGAGAAUAGUGCAAGACCCUUUAGUUCAUGUCAAUUGGCAGUUCAGACACUAGCCUGUGAGGUGAUUACAGAUGGAAACAGGGCAAUUACAAAAAGGUGCUACUCUAAUGAUGGACAUGCCCUGACAGCCUACCUGGCUUUAGAUUUGAAUCUUUCAAACCAAAAAACACCUCAAAAUAACCGUUGGUCCAACAGACAUAUUUCAGUCUCCUAUACUAUUUGUAAAGAGUUGGAACAUAUACAAUGACCACAAGCCGAUAGAGACUGCUGUUAUUUAUGUUUAAAUCUUAACUGUGCCCUCUUCCCUGUGCAAGCAAACACAUACUGUAAGUAAGGAUCAGCUUGGCAUCUCUUGGGUGGCUGUAAAAUAUCCCACUUAUGCAUGUUAAAAUAUUCACUCAGUU